GCCGCGCAGGCGUUGCUCGCACCUUGGCGAUCAGUCGGUGCUGGGAGCGCUGCUAUGGCGCUUCUCGGACCCUCGGCUCCUCCUCACUCGCUCGAGGCGGAGGGAAGGCGGGGGCCGAGGAGGAGGCGAGCCGGCGGCCGCCGCAGCCGCAGACCCGGGGCCGGAGGAGGCGGAGCGGGAGCCGCCGCGGCCGCCUCGGCCAUCGCCGCCCGCCGCGGGGCAGCCGCCAGGGAGCUCGGGGCUCGAGGGCGCGCGGGGCGCCCGGCCAUGCCCCGCCGCGGCCGCUGAGCGCCUCCUUCCCGCCGCCCCGGGGCCAGCGGCCGGGGUGCCCGGCGCCUCCGCGCCCAGACCUCGAGCGCCAGCGGCGGCGGUGCGGGCGGCGGGGGCGCGCGGGGCCGGAGGCGGGGACGAUGGAGCCGGCGCCCGCGCUGGGCUGCAGCCUCAAGGAUGUGAAGUGGAGCCCGGUGGCCGUGCCGCUCGACCUGCUGGUCAGCACGCACCGGCUGCCCCAGAUCGCGCGGCUGGACAGCGGCGAAUGCAUCGAAGGGCUGCGGGAGAACGACUACCUGCUGAUCCACUCGUGCCGCCAAUGGACCACCAUCACCGCCCACAGCCUGGAGGAGGGGCACUACGUCAUCGGGCCGAAGAUAGAGAUCCCGGUGCACUACGCAGGCCAGUUCAAGCUGCUGGAACAAGACCGGGAUAUCAAGGAGCCCGUGCAAUAUUUCAACAGCGUGGAGGAGGUGGCCAAAGCGUUCCCUGAGCGCGUGUACGUCAUGGAGGAGAUCACGUUCAACGUGAAGGUGGCGUCGGGGGAGUGCAACGAGGACACGGAGGUGUACAACAUCACGCUGUGCACGGGCGACGAGCUCACGCUCAUGGGGCAGGCGGAGAUCCUGUACGCCAAGACCUUCAAGGAGAAGUCGCGGCUCAACACCAUCUUCAAGAAGAUCGGGAAGCUCAACUCGCUGGGCAAGCUGGGCAAGGGCAAGAUGCCCUGCCUCAUCUGCAUGAACCACCGCACCAACGAGAGCGUGAGCCUGCCCUUCCAGUGCAAGGGCCGCUUCAGCACGCGCAGCCCGCUGGAGCUGCAGAUGCAGGAGGGCGAGCACACCAUCCGCCACAUCGUGGAGAAGACGCGGCUGCCCGUGAACGUGACCGUGCCCAGCCCGCCGCCCCGCAACCCCUACGACCUGCACGCCAUCCGCGAGGGCCACCGCUACAAGUUCGUCAACAUCCAGACGCGGACGGUGGUGGUGUGCUGCGCGCUGCGCGGCGGCCGGGUGCUGCCCGUGCACUUCCCGCUGCACCUGGCCGUGCCCAAGCUCAGCCUGCCCGAGCCGCCCGGCCGCGGCGGCCUGUGGCCCGAGGCCCUGGUGCGCCACUGGCUGGCCGUCUGCCGCGAGCAGUUCGACAUCGACGAGUACUCGCGGGCCGUGCGCGACGUGCGGGCCGACUGGAGCGAGGACGGCCGGAGCCCCCGGAGGGGCCGCUGCCCCGGCCCCGGCCCCGGGCCCGGCCCCGGCCCCGCGGGGCCCAGCGCGCUCAGCCACGCGCGCGACGAGCUCACGCAGUCCUUCCACCGCCUCUCCGUCUGCGUCUACGGCAGCAACCUGCACGGCAACAGCGAGGUGAACCUGCACGGCUGCCGCGGCCUGGGCGGCGAGGGCGCCCCGCUCCCGCUCCCGCCCGACCUCCUGCCCCCCCAGGACCCGGGGGGCGGCGGGAGCGACUACCUGUUCCCCGAACCCGGCGAGGAGCCCCCGGGGGGCCCGGCCCGGGCGGAGCUGCCCUACGAGGAGCUGUGGCUGGAGGAGGGCCGCCCGCCGCUCGCCCGCGCGCUCAGCCAGAGGAGCCGGGGCGAGCCGCCCCGAGGACCGGGACCGGGACCAGGACCAGGACCAGGGCCGGGCCGGGCCCAGUGCGCGCCCGCUCCGCCGGGAGCCGCUGUGCCGCCCGCCGAGAUCGCCCUCCCUCCGCCGCCGGUGCCGCCCAAGUCCGACGCCGUCAGGGAAGAGUGCCGCCUCCUGAACGCCCCGCCGGUUCCGCCCCGAAGCGCCAAGCCUUUGUCCACCAGCCCCUCCGUCCCGCCGCGCGCAGCCAGGCCCCGGCCGCAGACCCGCUCUCCCAGCCCCACCCUGUCCUACUACUCGUCAGGGCUGCACGACAUCGGCGGGACUAAAAGCGACGCCAGCCCUGCCCACAGCGCCCCCGCCUCCUGCUACCCGUGCCACCGCGGGAAGCCCGACUCGCUGGACCUGCAGUCCCCGCCGGGCAGCCCCUCGGACCCGCUGUCCGCCCGGCUCUCCUGGCCCAGCCACCGCUCGGGAGCAUCCUCGGAGGCCCACGCCCGCAGCGACUUCCUGCUGGACCCCAGCCGCAGCUACAGCUACCCCCGGCAGAAGACGCCGGGCACACCGGGCAGACACUGCCCGGCGCCCUUGGACCUGGACGGCCGCGAGCCCCCGGCCGGCCCCCCCAGCGCGGCCCCGGCGGGCUUCGGCGGCGGCGGCGGCGGCUCCGGUUGCCCCAAGUCGGCCAGCUACUCCCUGGGGAGCACCGAGGAGAAGCCGCUGGCGGCCGGCGCCACCAAGCAGAGCCUGUCGUGCCCCGCCCUGCCCCCCCGGGCGCCACGGCCCGUGGAAGAGAGAGCCUCCUCCGGGACCCCGCCUUCGCCUCUCAAGAUCGACGGUGCUGAGGGGGACCCCACGGCGGGGUCCGCGGACCUGGCCGAGGACCCGUACUUCGUGCCGAAGGGCGCGCAGGACAUCUCCUCGGUCCCGUACCCCUUCUCCUCGCCGCUCCACCUGCAGCUGGCCCCCCGCUCCUGCGGGGACGGCUCCCCCUGGCAGCCGCCCGCCGACCUGUCGGGGCUCUCCAUCGAGGAGGUGUCCAGGUCCCUGCGGUUCAUCGGCCUGUCGGAAGACGUCAUCUCCUUCUUCGUGACCGAGAAGAUCGACGGGAACCUGCUCGUGCAGCUGACGGAGGAGAUCCUCUCGGAGGAUUUCAGACUGAGCAAACUGCAGGUGAAGAAGAUCCUGCAGUUCAUCAACGGCUGGAGGCCCAAGAUAUAGCCCCCCCCCCCCCCCCACCCCCCGCGGGCACCUCGAACCCGGGAGCGUGGGCUGGAGGGGGGCCGGGACACGCGCUCGUGUUUUCUUUUGCACUAAAAGCCUUCUCUGUGAAUAGGGGUCAGAGAAGCGCUCACUAUGCAGACCACGUUUUUGAACGGUGAGCGGGCUAUUUUGUACAUCAAUAAAAACGCUGUACAGAACACGCAGAGGUGCCUUGUACGUCACUCAACACUCAGCAGCUGCUAAGAGACAACGGGCGUGCCCCGAGGCGGGCCCUCACCCGAGCAGGGUGAUGCGAGAAGGUAUGAUAUUUAUUGCAAAAUAGCCAAAGCGGAAAGACAUGAGAAUCUUUAAAAAACAAAACAAACCAACAGUUCCUUCCUGGGGGGGUGGGGGG